AUUGCUAGGGAAUACCGUCCCUUUUACUCCUAUCCCACCGCGUCCAUGAAACGCUUUAGUGACCGCGACUAUACCAAGAUGAAAGAGAAUUUUGCACACAAGAACCGUUUCUCUCGAACACCGUGUUACAAUGACUGAGAACUUAAGUGGACAUUCGAGCGAUUCCUUGAUUACGCGAUCUUCAAGGGAACGUAGGAAUUGCUUGAAACGUGCCCUGCAGCAAACGCAAGUUUUACAAGAGGUAGUCAAUGAUUCUACAGUAAAUAUACUUGACCAGGUUAUAAAUGAAGCUGAUCAUGUUGCUCAUGAAACGAGCAUACAGGAAAAAAUCUUGAAUCGAGAAGAAGUGGUUAUUGAUUCAGAAAUGAUGUGGACAUCUUCAAAAGUCUUAAAGACUUGUACUAUUUCUCUGACAAAACGGAUGCAUAAUUAUGAUUAUAUUGACUUUGCACAAAAACUGAAAAAUUGCUUAGAAGAUUUGUCAGGUGAUUCACAACCUUUGAAUUGGUCACUUUUAGAAGAACAGGUUACAAAAUUGUUCAGAAGGAUUCCCGACUACAACACAUUGUUAGGAACAUUGCAACCUUUGGAAAAGAAGAUAGUGGUUAGGAAAAAACCUGAGUCAAGGCUGUCGCAACAAACUGAAAUAAAAGUACCUAAUAAAGUAGUGCCAAACUCAAAUACCAAAGAUGAAGAUAGCGUCGAACGAAUUGUGAGAAAGAUCAGAAAAUUAAUCGCCAUUUAUUGCAAAGAAAAUCAUAAACCACUUGAUUUUUUUCAACUGGUGUUGCAUCCUCACGAUUUCGGAAGAGUCGUCAGAAAUAUAUUAUACGUAUCGUUUCUUGUGAAAGACGGAGUAGUAAAAUUGAAGAAAGAAAAUAACAACCUUGUGGUGCAACCGUGUCGUGGAAUGAAAGAAGGAAAUAUGCAAGAGAGACGAUCUAACAAAAGAACCGGUAUUCAGUCUGUUAUUUCGUUAAAUAUAAAACAGUGGAUGAUAUUGAAAGAUGCGUAUAAAAUAGAGGAGCCAAUGAUCACUUUUGAGGAUGAGUAACAAAUUGUUGAUUGACGCAUCAUCACUCAUUAAUAGGUGAGCAGAAGUUACGAGUUUUGUUGAAGUUAAAGAGUAGCACAUGAUCUCGAGAUGAUAGAACAGGACAGCGUUACGCUAAUAUCGAUUGGUCAGUUGUCAUUUUUGAAGGGUUGCUUUUGUUACACAAAUAUAGAUAUAACAAACUGUCUCUUUUGAUCUUAUGCAAUUUAAGGCUGUGUGUAUCAACAUCUCAACCAAAUACGCUUGAGCUCCUACUACGCGUAUUGUAAUAUAUUUUAAGGUUUAUAUUUUAAUAAAAACAUUUUCCCUAAUCUUCAAUUUCUUUAAAGUGCCGUACUGUGGUUUUGGUUUUUUUUUUUUUUCAUGUAUGAGCUUUUUUUCUUUUCUUUAUUAAUUAUGAAGAGUCUGUCAAUAAAAGAAACUGAUUAUUUAAUUUUUAGGUAAUUUUUGUUUUUAUCGCAUUCUUUCUAAAUUUCUAUUAAUUUUAUAUUGCUAUAUCAAGUGUGUUACGUAUUAAGAAAUGAUUUUUUUUUAUAGAGAAAACUUUUAAAAAAUGCUCGAAUGAUCGUAACUCACAUUUUAUAUAAUUUUUGUAAAAUUUAUUAGUGUCUAACAUAUAUACUGUGAGUCUGUAGUAUAUGUUCACGAUAGCAAUGAUACAAUUGCCGAUUUGGUUUACGAAAAAAAAA